CGAUCUGUCAUCAUCGUUCGUACAAUGCGAAAAGGGAAGUUGAAAGAAGUGGGAGAGGGACAUCGCGCAGCCUUAAGAAAUCUAACGUUACAGUAGCUCGCUGGGUUCUCGAUACACUGUGAAGUGCAACAAAUAUUGUGCUGGAGACACCAUUUACAUUAAUUAGUUUCCUCUUCUUGGUAGGUCUUUUCUAAAGUUUUUGACAGUACAUCAGCGUCCAGAGGAAGAGCCCGGACUGUGUGACAUGGCAAGUAGAGCCGGAGCUACACGACCCAAUGGGCCAAACGCAGGCAACAAGAUCUGCCAGUUCAAACUCGUGCUUUUAGGAGAGUCGGCUGUGGGGAAGUCAAGUCUCGUACUUCGUUUUGUCAAGGGACAGUUUCACGAAUUCCAAGAGAGCACAAUCGGAGCUGCCUUCCUGACUCAGACGGUAUGUUUGGACGACACAACAGUCAAGUUUGAAAUUUGGGACACAGCUGGUCAGGAGCGCUACCAUAGUCUGGCUCCCAUGUACUACAGAGGUGCCCAGGCAGCCAUUGUUGUGUAUGAUAUAACAAAUGAGGAGUCAUUUGUACGGGCGAAGAACUGGGUUAAAGAGCUUCAGAGACAAGCCAGUCCAAAUAUUGUAAUAGCUCUGGCUGGGAACAAGGCUGAUCUCGCAAACAAGAGAGCACUGGAUUUCCAGGAUGCACAGUCAUACGCAGAUGAUAACAGCUUGCUUUUUAUGGAAACAUCAGCAAAGACCUCUAUGAACGUGAAUGAGAUUUUCAUGGCCAUUGCAAAGAAGCUACCCAAGAAUGAGCCUCAAGCGGCAGGAGCCAGCAGCGGGCGGAACCGGGGAGUGGACCUGACAGAGUCGGCUCAGCCCACCAGCCGUCCCUGCUGCAGUAACUAACCCAGCUCUUCCUGCUCACCCCCUCUUGCCCCCUCCCCAAACAACAUCUGGACAUCUGGCUCCUUGGCUUCCUGACGUCAGACCUGACCGUCAACCUCACUUCCCUGGAAUAGCUAAAAGACUCUGUAUAGCUGCAUUUCUAAUACCUUUUUUUUUGUUGAUGUUCUGUUUGUUCCUUUUUUCUUUUUUUUUUUUUUCUUUUUUACUUUUUUUAAGAAGUGUAUAUCAGUAUAAUGGAUGCAUGUAUCACUACAACUCCUAAAAAGAAAACAACACAUUUUUAUUUUACUAUCCAGUUGGAAGACUAACCCCUAUUUGAGCGAGCGAGAAGCCUGUGAUUGUGUCGUGUGUGAAUUUCCGCGUGUGAUUUGCAGAUGAGAAGGUGUAGCCUCAUUUGUCACUUCACAGGGUCAACUGGAUGUGAAUGAUGUUGCUUGUAAUACUCUUUGUGUGCGGGUUAAGUUAUGCUCACAAUCAGAAGAAAACCAAAUUGUUCCCAUCUUGAGACGCCUGGCUUCAACAGUCUGUUGUGAGGCAUCAGUGUAUUGAGACAGUGCCAGGAAAGGACUUUUGUGCAAACCAAGAAUCCCUCCCUCCUCACAUCUGUUACACAAGAAGACAUCUUCAUCCCAGGCUCCUAAUGGAAAGUGCGAAAACAUUUAUUUGGUACUCUCCAGAUUUUGAACAAGUAGGCUGUAGAGGAAAAACUGCCUCCAUACACAUCUGGCUUCCCAUUUUGUGCAACUAUCUGUAGAGUAAUAUGGGCUUGUGAUGUUGCUGUAUAUCAUAUCAAAAGUCUUUGUAGUGUGGAAAACAUGGAGUUUUGGAAAGUGCGGGAACAUCAGGAACCAACACCUUCAGGCCAACAUGAGGCCUGUAUGACAGGGUUUUUAAAUUUGGCUUUGCUAUUUAACAAAUACUUUCAUUUUGCUUUACUGAAGCCCAAUAAAGUUUUGACAUGAAUGUGGCUUCACAAGGAAAAGAUAAUCAACAGGAAACUUUUAAGACUGUUGAAAAUCCUGCUUUGUGAGUUGUCUUGCAAAGACUUGAGCACACGACUAGUUGUAUGUUAAACUCUUUGUUAAUCUGCUCUGUUUCUGUUCAGGCCAGUAGUCAACCUGCAUCAGUUUGGGUGAUCUUAAUCACAGGGGGAUUGUUUUUAGAAUAUAGUUCAAGCAGCACACAAACAGAAAAUUUGACUACUAUCCAUUGUCACAAGUAUGUGGGGGGAAAAAAAUACUCUAAUGUUGUUAUAGGGUGCAAUGUUGCAAUGUUGUCUUCUUUCUCCUUUAGUACAGCUUGCAGAGCUCAUGAGCUCACCAGGAAAUUAUCUAGAGAUUCCGAACAAUUGUACAGUUAAUUAUUGGUCUGCUUAUUAUUAUUUUUUUUUCAUCCUAGACCUUGUCACAAACUGGUCAAAUGUUAAGCAGUGGUGGUCUUUUUAGGUAUAUGUAGUGUUAUUAACAAAAUCCCUCUCUGGUGUCUUGUUACUUUUCUCAGAAAUGGUCCAUGGUUAUGUUUGAAAGGAACUUUUAUUGCAUUGCACAGUGUUGAUCAUGUUUUAAUUAAUGCCCUUCAAUUUUAUAUGACAGACUGUAUUGAACUUGCUAACCUACAGCUAUAAGCAGGUAGCAUAAUUAACGUUUCUGGUGGUCUCUCUUACAGCUCAAUGAAUUUUAAUGAUGUAAAACAGCAUUACUAGUGAUGGGCAGUUUUGAGUGUCUGAAUACAACUUAAUAAAUUCAAUAAAGAGGUCUCUUGUA